AUGAAGGGUGUUAUGUGUUUUGGAAAAAAAUGGAAGUUGAGCCAGAGAUAUAUAGGUCCAUUUGAGAUUUUGGAUAGAGUAUGGCAAGUUGCGUACCGUUUAGCAUUGCCCCCAGCACUAGCUAAAAUGCAUAAUUUAUUUCACAUCUCGAUGUUGCCUAAGUACGUGUCAAAUCCCUCUCAUGUUUUGAGUUAUGAGACGUUACAGUUGAAGCAGGACCUGGAUUAUGAUGAACAGCCUGAGCGUGUUAUUGAAAAUGGAAUCAAGGAAUUGAGAUCCAAAAGGAUUCCAUUAGUUAAGGUCUCGUGGAUGAAUAGUACAAACGAGAAGCAACAUGGGAGUUGGAGGAAGACAUGA